CUGCUGCCAUGGCCGAGACGCGCACGUCUCGCUGGUACUUUGGGGGGCUGGCUUCCUGCGGGGCCGCCUGCUGCACGCACCCGCUAGACCUGCUCAAGGUACACCUGCAGACCCAACAGGAGGUGAAACUGCGGAUGACCGGCAUGGCGCUGCAGGUGGUGCGAACCGACGGCGUCCUGGCACUCUACAAUGGCCUGAGUGCCUCGCUGUGCAGGCAGAUGACCUAUUCGCUGACUCGGUUCGCUAUCUACGAGACCAUGCGGGACUACAUGACCAAGAACAGCCACGGGCCUCUGCCCUUCUACAACAAGGUGUUGCUGGGCGGCAUCAGUGGUUUAACUGGAGGCUUCGUGGGGACCCCAGCAGAUUUGGUCAACGUCAGGAUGCAGAAUGACAUGAAGCUGCCCCUGAGCCAGCGGCGCAACUACGCCCAUGCCCUGGAUGGUCUGUACCGAGUAGCCCGUGAAGAAGGCCUGAAGAAGCUGUUUUCUGGAGCAACAAUGGCCUCCAGCCGCGGGGCCCUCGUCACUGUCGGCCAGCUGUCGUGCUAUGACCAGGCCAAACAGUUGGUCCUCAGCACUGGCUACCUGCGUGACAACAUUUUCACCCACUUUGUCUCCAGUUUCAUUGCGGGUGGAUGUGCCACAUUUCUGUGCCAGCCCCUGGACGUGCUGAAGACCCGCCUGAUGAACUCCAAGGGGGAAUAUCAGGGUGUCUUCCACUGUGCAGUGGAGACGGCAAAGCUUGGACCACAAGCCUUCUACAAGGGUCUCUUCCCCGCGGGCAUCCGCCUCAUCCCCCACACCGUGCUCACCUUCCUGUUCCUGGAGCAGCUGCGGAAGCACUUCGGUGUCAAAGUGCCAACCUGAUGUCACCCAGGGACACCUGGGCCGUGCUCAGACCCUGUGCUGAG